UGUAAAUGUAAAUGUAUAUAAGUUUGAAAAACCGACACUUUUCUUUCUUCUUCUGCUAAUUAGGAGUAUAAUUCAAAAGGCUCCGAUUGUUGAAGCUCAAAUCGCUAUGGCAAUCGAUAUUUCAACCUUAGAAGAAAGGUACAUUAAUUUUUGUGGGAAACAUGGUGUUCUACCUAAUACUACAAUUCUGUCUAGCCUAUUCGAGGCUCAAGUGAAAAAAGCCCGCCAGGAGCUAUGUAGCCUGGAGAUUCUCUUGGACGAUAUUAAAGAUAUUGAUUUUCCUCCACUUCUUGAUUUAUUUAUGGAACUUGGUUCUUCAGAGAUCCAAGCAAUAGAUGUACAUAAUGAAUCGUUAUGUGUGUUGAAUGGAGAAUAUGCUUUGUCAUUGAUGCGUGUCAUCAAUCAAAAGCUUCGACAAGUUGACCUCCAGGAUUUGUCAUUUGGAAAGAACUUCUUGCGGGAUCUCUCUAAGAGAGGUUUGCCAUGCCAAGUUUUAUCCUUGAGGUCUUCGCACUUCCGGAAGCUGAACAUGAUGGGGGAGUUCAUGCAGAUACACACCCUAAACCUUGACUUCAGUACUUCACUUACUAGUUUCAAGGAGGAUUGUUUUAUUUGCAUGCCCAAUUUAACGCACCUCUCAUUGUGUGAAACCAGAAUUACAAAUCUUUGGACAACCAUUGCAGCACUUUCUAAACUCCCUCGUUUGGUUGAACUUCGGUUUCAGAAUUGGCUGUGUUGCAAUGAUGCUGGGCCUUCAGCUGCUUCAUCUGAUGGAAAGUCAAAUAACAAAACUGAUUUCAGUCAGCCAAACAGCUCUUCUUACAUUAGAGCAUCAUCUUUCGAUAUUGGUGUACUCACUGAUUAUGACUCUAGCACAGAAGAGGCUCUCAGGAAUUUAUUUUCGUUUGAAGAUGUUGCCAUAAAUCAAGAAGUUCAAAGCAUGAUUGAGGAUUCAUCAGAUGAUAGUGAUGUGGAUUUCUCGAGUCAUCAGCAAGAAAAUGGUUCCCGGGAGCUAUUAUUUAAUGAUUUUCCUAGGUUGAAUGGACAGGUUGAUCAGCGGAAUGAGGUUUCUUUUGAUACAUUAGACAACCAAAAUGGAGAAGAGUCUUUAGCUGGUGCCUUUACAAGGCAAAUUGAAGAUGUCACUUUGAAGUUCAUUUCUUGUCAUGCUUCACCAAUAUGCUUUGAGAAAUACUACAGAGAAUAUAUGAUAACUUCAUUGCCCCAUUUGAAAGUCUUGGAUAACCUGACUAUCGGAGAGGAUGACAGGGAAAGGGCUACAAUCACCUUUUCACAGUACUUUGAGUAUCUACCCUACAGAAGAAAGCAUAAAGAAAGCGUUGUUAGUAUCUUACAAAAGCGUGAAAUAAGAGCAAGCCAAAGUCUUAUGCGGACUCCAAAGCAAAAGUCGUCAUAUAUUUCUGGAAAGUCAAAAUAUUUUUAUACCAGGUCUCUUUGUGCUGCCAAAGUUGGGUCUUCCGCUUGGCCUUUCUUGCACCCUCUUUCUAUUUCAAGCAGUGGUUUGGGAGAUGAAGGUAUGGGCUUUCGUCCAAGGCAGUUCGAGUAUCAUCCAUCUGAUUCGAGCCUAAUGGUCUUUGGAACUUUGGAUGGCGAAGUAGUUGUAGUCAACCAUGAGAAAGAGAAAAUUGUUAGUCAUAUACCGUCGCUUGGUGCAAUGAACAGUGUGUUGGGACUCUGUUGGCUCAAGAACUAUCCCUCCAAGCUCAUAGCUGGUUCAGAUAAUGGUUCACUGAAAUUGUAUGAUAUCCAGAAAAUGCCAACAACAAAUAUGGGCAUAUAUAAUACUGCUGGUUUUGUCACCUUUGAUGAUUUCGACCAGUUGACAUCUGUUCAUGUUAACUCUACGGAUGAGCUUUUUCUAGCAAGUGGGUACUCAAGAAACGUUGCAUUGUAUGACAUAAACAGUGGAAGACGCUUACAGGUGUUCACUGAUAUGCAUCGAGAGCAUAUUAAUGUUGUGAAGUUUGCCAACUAUUCUCCCUCACUUUUUGCUACUUCUUCCUUUGAUCAAGAUGUCAAGAUGUGGGACUUGAGACAGAAACCAAUACGGCCUUGCUAUACUGCUUCAAGCUCUAGGGGAAAUGUGAUGGUUUGCUUUUCUCCAGAUGAUCAUUAUCUUCUUGUGUCAGCUGUGGACAACGAGGUUAGACAACAUCUGGCUGUUGAUGGGAGGCUUCACUUGAAGUUUGAAAUAGCUUCUACAGGAAGCUCUCAGAAUUACACUCGUUCGUAUUACAUGAAUGGAAGAGAUUAUAUUAUCAGUGGGAGUUGUGAUGAACAUGUAGUCCGCAUUUGCUGUGCUCAAACUGGAAGGCGUCUUAGGGAUAUAUCUUUGGAGGGAAGUGGCUCAGGGUCUAUGUUUGUGCAAUCUUUGAGGGGUGAUCCUUUCAGAGAUUUCAACAUGAGUAUCUUAGCAGCAUAUCUACGUCUAGGCUCGAAGUCUGAGAUUGUCAAGGUCAAUUUGCUAGCAUCAAGGGACCAUGCAAAGGAACACUCCUACGGCCGGCAUUCCUGCCCAUCCAAUAGUAUGGGAGGUUGACGUUUAUACAUUUUUUUGUACAGAGUAAAUACAGGUUAUCUAACUUCCCAUUUGUAUGCUAACCGAGACAGAUCAUCCAGGGGAUAUGUGCUUGGCUGGGCAUUGUGUGUAAUGUGUGGCAGCCUGUGAUAGAAUACAAGUCGUGGCUUUCUCCUUUUUUCAAAGGGAAGAUUAAAAGGAAUUGAUUUCGUCAAAAUCAAAUAGUGGAGGGCAAUGGAAACUUAUUGGAAAAAUUUAUUUACGUCUGCAGGAAAGAUGCUAGUCUCAGUUUUUUGGAACCAUUAGUUGGAUCUAGUUUUCUUCUAUAAUCAGUUGUAGCAUGGCUUUAGACAGGCUGCGCCCUGGAGUGAAACAUAUAAGUAGUAGGUACAUUAUCUUUUCACAGUGCCAAUUUGUGCAACUGAUUCUGACCAUGCAUAAUUGGAAUGGUCCACAUUUGUGACUUCCUUUCUAUGUCCUGUUCAUUUUCCAAUGUCCUGAAGUGAGAUGCAGUUUUCAUCAUUAUACUCUCUGGAAAUAGACACUGGGUCACUGCAUGUGGAAUGUGAAGCAUGUUGGAAAUGGAAAAGUUGCAGAUCCUGCUUAAUUUUCUUCUAAACGUCUAUGUGUUUUCUCAAGUAGUUAAUACAUGACCAAUAUUAGGCCAAAUUUUAACAACCCCUCCCUCCUCCUAGUUCUUGGUCAUAUGCUGAAUGGUAGCAAAUGAAUAGAUGUUGUGGGAUCAAAUCUCAUUGAUAUCCUCUCCUUCCUCUUCCUCAACCCUGCAAACAGCUACUGGUGCUUGAAAUACUUUAACAUCAUCUUCAAGGAUGUCAAUGUCACUUUUUAAGUUUUGGUGAAGAAUUGAGAAAACUAUUUCAGUGCUCUGGUUGUUUUCCAGUUAGUUGCACGCCUGACUUGGUCUCAUAUGAAUCUUAGAAAGAUGGAAUCUUAAACAAUAAGAAUUCUGGUUAAUUCACAAACAGAUGGUCACCAUCAUUAGGUGGGCAAAUUUUCUAGAGAAUCUAAUUAGAGAAAGUCAUGUACAGUAACUAGAGAGAAUGCUACAAUUGAUAAUGAAUGGUUCACAAUUAUUUUU